GGCGCUGCACUGCCAAACAUAACCUCUCGUCUGAUGGUGAAGGUCUUGCGGAAAUUUUGGCUUUUCCUUAUUUUCCACGUUAUUUUUAAUGAAAUUGCUGCGUCGCACUUUCAGCACAUUCAGAAUGGCGUGCAGUCGAUACGAGUAUGUGAAGCAGUUUGAGCUGGAUGACAAAAUAUUGCCAAAUACGUGGAUUGUUGUGCGGGUGGACGGAAAGGGAUUCCACAAAUUCGCCAAUAUUCACAACUUUGAGAAGCCCAACGACGUCCGGGCUCUCAAUCUGAUGAAUUAUGCCGCUGUGACUGUGAUGCAGGAGUUCCGGGACAUCGUGAUCGGCUUUGGCCAGAGCGACGAGUACUCGUUUGUGUUCAGGAAAAGCACAGAGAUCUACAAGAGACGCUGCGCGAAGAUCAUGUCCAUGGUCACGAGUCUCUUCACCAGUGCCUUCGUCCUCAAUUGGACCAGAUUCUUCCCUGACAAUCGGCUGCACUACGCGCCGUGCUUCGACGGACGAAUUGUGCUGUAUCCCAGCGACGAGAACCUGCGCGACUACCUGUCCUGGCGCCAGGCGGACGUGCACGUGAACAAUCUGUACAACACAGCCUUCUGGAAUCUCGUGCUGCGCGACAAUCUGACCAAUUCCGCGGCCGAGGAGAGACUCAGAGGCACCAUGGCGGCGGAGAAGAAUGAGCUGCUGUUCCAGCGCUUCAAGAUCAACUACAACAACGAGCCGGCGAUCUUCCGGAAGGGCACAGUGCUGCUGCGGAAGCGCGUCCACGCGGAGAAGAUCGACCUGAAGCGACAGCUGAUUGUGCCACAGCACAUCGACCUGAUCAAGGACAGCUUCUGGUCAGAGAACUGGGAAUUGCUGGACACAAAGGGCGCCGGUGGCGACGUUUUCCACCUCAAGGACAAGGAUCUGCCGCUUCUCAUGCAGCUGCAGCUGUCUGGCCGAGGCCACGAGGCGGGCAAUUGACAAUCUCUGGACU